AUGGCUUCAGGCUCGAACUCCCAAAUGGAUGAUGACAAAGAAGUUAUCUACCAUUCUAUAACAUUAGAAAAAGGACAGGACAUAGUUGAAACCAUAAUAAAAUUUGCAUUGACCAUUCCCCGUGACAUUAUGGUUUUGUCUGCAACUGGCACAAUCUCUUAUGCUGAGAUUCAGUCCACUAAUAACUUCACAAAGACCCUCAUGGGGUCGUUCAAGGUCAUACAACUUAGUGCAUCAUUAAGUUGUAAGGAAUCAACUGGUAAUAUACAUAGUAAAUAUGGUAUUAUUGGUGUUGUUCUACGUGAUUCCUAUGGGAAUACUUUUGGUGGGAAGGUAAAUGGUCCUUUAGUGGCUGGUGAUGAAUUUCAUCUUGUUCUUAAAUCGAAUCGAAAGAAUGUAUCUUUUGGAGUUCAACAAGUUGAAGUCGAAGAUGAGGAGAGGACACAUUCUGAAUGA